AUGGUGGCGAGAUCGUCGGACUUGGAGGAACUCAAGAACAGGAAGACACCACCACCACCAACGCCUUUUCACCAGAAGAGAAGACCAACGGAUUCGUGGACGCAGUCUAUCUCUCUCUUCGUAGUAACUUUCUCUACCGUGGGCUACGGAGACAUCUCCCCGUCGACUGUACCAGCGAAGAUAGUCACAGUUCUUUUAGUUGUCAACGGCAUCAUAUGCUUAGAAACCAUGGUCGGUUGCGCCGCCGAACUUCAAGAAAGAGCUUCCAACGCCCUAACCGGAGGAAACAGCAAAAUCGGGAAAGUUGUUUCGGCCUUGUUCUUAGUGGUGAUGUGUCUCAUCAUAGGCAUCAUGUUCAUAAGGUUUCAUGAAGGUUUCACCUGGGUUGAUUUUGUUUACUUUGCAUUCAUGUCCGUCAGCACGGUCGGCUAUAGAGACGUAUCGUUCAAGUCCUUAAAAGGUCGGCUAUUCGGGUCGUUUUGGAUUCUGUCAAGCACAAUCUCAAUGGCUUGCUUGCUUAUCCGUUGUGGGGAGAUGAUGAAGACAGAGCCAAUUACUCAACUAGAAGAGAUUGUUGUGAAAAGAUAG